UGUCUGUCUAUCUGUCUCCCUGCAACACCCAAGAGCAUUCCCAUCUUGGCUCCUUCGCUUCUUUUUUUGAGCCCCCUUCCUGCUCCUUGUCUCUCUAUCAUGAAGAUCAAAAUAGCUGCCUUUUUAGCCGGGAUUCUUGGAGUCCUUGGUGUCCUCCUUUUUCUUACAGCCUUCGGGACCGACUAUUGGCUCCUUGCAACGGAGAUGUGCGGAGGAUUUGAACCCGAGAACCGUACUCAUCACAUCAAGGAGGAAGAGAGAGAAGUUUGGAGAGAAAAGAAAGAGAUCCUCACCUUUCACCAUGAAGGUUUCUUUUGGCGGUGCUGGUUCUUUGGUGAAGAUUACAAAGAGACGAUAUGGAACUUCUGGUUUACUAGCCAAGCACACCCCAAACACUGCAUGCAUGGCUACCUAUUUCCAAUGCCAAUCGCUCUUGGACCAUAUCCACAUCCAUCCUAUGAUGCAACGGCAGUGUACCGAGGCUUCUGGACGGCGCUUAUUGUGUUGGGGAUCACUGCCAGCCUCGUCGGAGGAUUUCUGCUGGUGUGUGGGGUGCCCUUUGUCAAUGCAAGGUUCUACAAAGUGGGAGGUGGAUUCCUACUCACGGCUGGAGGUUUAUUUGCCCUGAUUAUAUUUAUGUUCGUGAUGUGGAAGGAAUUUGCAGCCGAUCUUCCUAAAUAUAUACUUCUGGAAAGAAGUGAAAGAUGCUUGGAUGACACUCCUGUAAAUGUUUAUUAUGGGUGGUCCUUCAUGUUCGCAGCUGCUGGAGUUCCCUUAGUUUUGCUUUCCGGACUUCUCUUCUACCUUGUUGGUUACAGUAUCCUGAAGGAGCUGGCAUAAAAGAACUGGAUCCCAGUAAAACCCUGAACAGGAAAAUGCUUCAGUGCCAUAUGGAAAGGAAGAGGGGUGUCUUGGUAAUGCGGACAUUAUUUAUGGAACCAUUGGUAUGGUUUAAGUGCUAUAAAAUAAUGCUGGGGAAUUACCUUAGUGGGAAAUAUGACAUUAGUAACUAAACUUAAACAAUGUUCAUAAUUUUAAAAAUGGUCAUCGUUCCCAGAAAAGGAACCCUGGGAGCUAUAGUGUUGCAAGGAGCUCUGGGAAAUUUAGUUCUGUCCCCUGAAAAUUAUCGUUCUGUGGCUGAAUCUUGACAAGAACAGUUAGGGAACCCAGUUUUGUGAGGAUGUUGGGGGUUUCUACAAAAACUAUGUUAGCAGCCCCACAAAAUUGUGGUCCCCAGAGUUGUUUGUGGGUUUUAAAUUCAUCUGAAAUUUUUCAAAUUGUCCCAGCUUCUCCUUCUUCUCAAAAACCCAGGAUCGGCAAUUUUUGGGGAAGGUACAGAGAACAGAGUUCUUUUGCAGAACAGUGUGCUUGUCUGAGACCCAUAACAUUUGAAUCUGCUUAAAACUGGCCUAAAUAUGUAGUGUGGAAACACUGUAGGUGCAAGUGUACACUGACAUACCCUCCCACAGUCCUGAUUUUGAAGGGACAGUUGUGAUGAAUUCUCCACCUUUCCAGUUUUCCAAAUGCCUUUGAAAUGUCCUGGUUUUGCUCUCCCCCUCUCACUUUCUUCCUCUCGAUUUCUGAAAACUGAAUUGAAAGUGCAAAAGUAGUUUGUGCUGAUUUAACUCACUUGAAGUUGGAGAAGAGGAGAGGAGAGGUGGAAACUUUCCAUUUAUAGUCGGCUCAGGCAAAAGAAACUGAGAUGAUGAAGAAGUAGUUGAUCUUGGCCCAAAGGAGAAUGGAAAGGAGGGUGCACUCCAUGUCUCUUCCCCUUCUGAGCUGAGACCAGCCACAUCUUCACCAUCUGAAUGGCCUUUCUGCUUUCUCUCUUCUCUCCACCAGUCAGCAGAAGCAGUAGCCCAUCUCAGGGCUGGACAACUGCUGGGCUGGAUUGUGUGUUGAAUGCAUACGUGUGAAGAUAUAGAAAUGCAUGGAUCUCAACCAUUAUGAGUAUCAUGGAAAGAGAGCUGCAUUUACCCUCUCCUCUACCAUCUAUACAGUAUUCAGCCAAAACAGGGUUCUCAACUGGGCCAAAGUCUCCCUAUAAUGGAGACCAAAUGGACAAGCUAAGAGAUGAUAGCCCAAGUUCUCUAACCUAGGACCUCCAGAUGUGUUGGACUAUAACUCCUGUGGACCUUAGCCAGCAUGAUCAGCAUGGCAAAGGAUGACAGGAUUUGUAGUCCAAAACAUCUGGAAGAUGUCAGGUGGUGGAAGGCUGCAAACCAGUGUUCACAACCUCUGGCGCCAUGUUCAUCCUAAGAUGAGGUGCAAUGAAUGUGCCAUUGGCUGUGGGUGGGAUAUAGACACAGCCUGGUGUGAAAAAGCUGGCUGCGAUUUCAAUAUUUGUAUUAAACACAAGUUAUAAAUAUUCAACACUGAGUCCCAGUUGACCUUGUUUCUUGUUAAAUGCAAUCAGAUCGGACUGAAAUGAUGUCUACUAUUAGUUCUAUUUGUAAAUGCAAAAAAAAAAAAAGUUACUCUAACUAGCAUAAAAGGCAACUGCUAACAUGGCUUUUAAAUAUUUUACACAUAACGUUAUGCUGGGAGGAUGGAAAAGAUGGAAUUUGUUGCUUUUUCAAACAUAGGUUGUCUGUACUUUUUUCCCUUUUUGGCAAAAGAGUGCUUUGUUUUCCUCUCCACUUCCCCAAAUUUGGAUGCUAAUAUUGAAUACUCAACUGAGAAGACCCACUGACUCCGGAUGAAAGGAAACAAGGAGGUUUAGCUGGUGCAACUGUUUUAUGUAAUAAAGUUAUCCAGAAAUCGGAA